AUGUCGCUGGUAGCAAAUGAGGAUUUCCAGCACAUUCUUCGUGUGCAGAACACGAACGUGGACGGGAAGCAGAAGAUCAUGUUCGCCCUGACCUCCAUCAAGGGUAUCGGCCGCCGUUUUGCCAACAUCGUCUGUAAGAAGGCCGAUGUCGACAUGAACAAGAGGGCUGGUGAACUCUCGGCUGCUGAAAUCGACAGCUUGAUGGUAAUUGUUGCAAACCCUCGCCAGUUCAAAAUUCCCGAUUGGUUCCUGAACAGAAAGAAGGAUUACAAGGAUGGUAAGUACUCUCAGGUGACUUCCAAUGCCCUUGACAUGAAGCUCAGGGAUGAUAUUGAGCGUCUCAAGAAGAUCAGGAACCACCGAGGUUUGCGUCACUAUUGGGGCCUCCGAGUUCGUGGACAGCACACCAAGACAACCGGACGUAGGGGAAAGACUGUUGGUGUCUCCAAAAAGCGGUGA